AGUGAGGACAGCGCUACGGUGGCCGCCGAGGGACGGCGCUACGGCUCCCACGCUGGGACAAACGCCUCCGGCCCGGCCCGGGCGCGCCCUCUCCUCGGCGCCGGAGCCAGCCGGGGGCAACUGAAGGGCCGCGCGAAGCGACCCGGCCUUCGGCGGCAUGUGCCCGCCCCGGCGUCGCACCUCCCGGGCACAGGCUCAACCGCUGGCCUGGUCCCCAGCGCCGUCGGCCUGCCGCAUGGUUCCGGACACCGGCACCGCCACGGAGAGGGCACCGGGCCGACACCUUCCCCAAGGCUCAGCUGGGGGCUCCUAGGUGCUGAUGACACCUAUGCUAGCCAUCUGGACUACCACUGCAAAAUAGCACUGCCGCCCGGGCCCAAUGCCGGUCAUGCCCAUCCCGCGGCGGGUGCGCUCCUUCCAUGGCCCGCACACCACCUGCCUGCACGCGGCUUGUGGGCCAGUAAGAACCUCUCACCUGGCUCGCACCAAGUACAACAACUUCGAUGUGUACAUCAAGACCCGCUGGCUUUACGGCUUUAUUCGCUUCCUGCUCUACUUCAGCUGCAGCCUGUUCACAGCAGCCCUCUGGGGUGCGCUGGCCGCGCUCUUCUGCCUGCAGUACCUGGGUGUGCGCGUGCUGCUGCGCUUCCAGCUCAAGCUGUCAGUGCUGCUGCUGCUGCUGGGGCGCAGGCGCGUGGACUUCCGUCUCAUGAACGAGCUGCUCAUCUACGGCAUCCAUGUGACCAUGCUGCUGGUUGGGGGUCUGGGCUGGUGCUUCAUGGUCUUUGUGGACAUGUGAGGGCCCAACCUCCAUGGGGCUCCUGAUUAUGCUAUAGGAAGUUUCCUUCCUUGAAGGGUGGGGCUGGUAGGGGCCUUUUUUUGCCCCAUCCCAAAAGUAAGGCCUGAAGCACACACUCCCACUAAGGAGACCAAAGGGCUGAGACUACUCUGAGGGGAAGACCACACCGUCUCCCGUCGGCUUCUACGCCACCUUCCAGUGCAUUCUCCCAGAUGUGACGUCUUUCUCAGCUUUGCCUGUGCAUUUUCAAGUCGUCCAGUGGGUGGCCCAUCUGUCUUUUCUGCACUGAGACCUGUGUGACAUUCUCACCAACAUCAGGCUCAACCAGUGGGCCAUGCAGGGGCGCCUCUGGGCUAUGCAGCCCCUUUAUGUGCCCUGUUCUUGGCUCUAGCCUCAGGGACCCAUCUGGCUAUAUAAGCAGACACUACUGCCACUAAUUGUGCCCCGUUCUGAGCUGCUUCAAUCCUAAACCCAUGAACUACUCUCUGCUGUCACCAAGUGGCUGUGUCAGGCCUCAGAGUCACCUUGAUUAGCACAGGUGAGGUCUAGCAGUACAUGGCACUGGCUGGUCCUCAGUACAAGGGAACACAACCACCAAGGCUUGGACUCCAGAGCAGGGGCUGGUCCACACCUUGGGUAGGUCUGUAUGUCAGGCCCUGUUAGAGCUCUGAAAAUGUAAGGCGCCUUGGAAGCCACCGUCACUUAGACCUGGGAGGAGUUUUCACUGUCUCUGGGGGAUGGAGGCCUCUAGCAGCCUCCCAAAGUCUUAGCCAGACCAGUGGAAAAGGAGGAGCAAACCGAUUAUACCUUCUCCGUGGUAUUUACCUGUGCCAGUGGGCAGCCUGGGUGGGCUAGCUGCACCUUCCCCACCUGGCUGUUAGGCCUAGUUUGUGAGAUUAAAAAAAAAGAAGGGAGUACCUGACCCCUUUGGUCUCUAUCAGGAGUGAGAUGUGGCUGUCACUGCUGACGGGGCCUGGGUGACGAGUGAAGUGCUUUGAGUUGUAAUCCCAGGGGCAUUGAGCAUAUCCAGCCAAGAUAUGCUUCAUCCUAAAUUGUCACCCUACCCCUGGGCAUGGGGUGGCCCCUUUGACCUAACCCUGUCAGGAAAACCAGUUGUGUUCCACUGACGAGAAACUUGAAGAAACCCAAACAGGGAAAGCAAAGAUGUAAGACUGUUGACCUCGCUCUUUAAUUUGUAGCCAGCUGUGCCCAUUGGUCUAGCAGGAGGGCUCAUGGAGGAAGUCUGUGCCUCCCAGGACAGCAGGUGAGGUGCCUUCCCAAUGGACCCCGCUGUUGCUCGCUUGCUGCCAAGAAUUGUUUGCACUAAAUCCCACUCUCCCCCAAAGCAGCAUUGUUCUUUGUUUAUUAGCUCAUGCUCCUCAGAGCAGCCUGAAGCCCAUUUGCUGGGUGAUGGUGGGUGUGUCAGAGGGCUGGUGGUGGGAGGGAAUGACAGGACCUUGUCAGUCAUUGCACACCCAGCUGCCCAGUGUCCUGAGUGCCUGUUAAAUUCUUUAUGAGAUGAAUCACCUGCAUUAAACCUAUUUUUUUAAUGUGCC